UAAUUUUUCAACAAAGGAUGCUUUGCAACAGAUCAGAUCACAACAUGCUUUAGAAAUAUCAGUAAAGUUGGAGAAUACAAUUGUUACACCACAAGAAGAAUUUUUACGAAAUAAUAAUAACAAACAGAAACUGAUAGAGCUUUUAAAGUUUAGAUUUGAAAAAACAGUCUUAAAGGUAAAAGUGGCUGAAAGUGACGCAGACUAUUUAAUCGUUAGAACUGCAGUAGAACUUUCAAGUUCUGGUAGACCAAUCGUAGUUGUAUCUGAGGAUACAGAUAUUGCCGUUCUGUUGAUUCAUCAUUCAGAAUAUGAUAAAAUGUUUUUACUUCGGCCAGGAAAAGCUGCUAAAGCUGAUAAAGCAACGAACAUAUCGGAGCUUCAAGAAAAACUAGGGCAUGUUAAACAGCACAUAUUGUUUCUUCAUGCUGUAUCAGGUUGUGAUACGACCUCGUUUAUAUUCAAAAAAAGCAAAAAACUCUGUUUACAGUGGUUAAAGAAAGACAUUUCUUUAUGCGAAAGACUUCAAAUAUUUUAUCAACAAAAUUCGGAUAAGAAUCAGUUAAUAGAAGCAGGUGUACAAUUCAUUACAAAGUUAUAUAGGCCCAAGAAAAGCAAAGAAGAUAUUGACACGUUAAGAUAUACUUUGUAUAAUAGAAUAACAUCUCGUCAAGGUCUGUCUGCAAACUUUAAUUUGGCAGCGCUUCCCCCAACCAAAGAUGCUGCUGUACAACAUGUUUUGAGAGUCUAUUAUCAGGUACAAGAGUGGAUAGGAUGCAAGUUGAAUCCAUUAGCCUAUGGUUGGCAACGAGAUAGAGAGGGGCAUCUGGUUCCUACAUCCGCAACAAAAGAAAUUGCUCCUCCUGACAUAUUGAAAAUGGUUUUCUGCAACUGCAAAGAAGCGUCAUGUGGCAAAUCAUGCUCCUGCAAAAAACUAGGGUUAAGAUGUUCCUCCAAGUGUGGCCAAUGCUUAGGAAUUGAUUGCUGCAAUUCCUGCAUCAUACCUGAAAAUGACGAGGACGAAAAUGAUGUUUUCAUAUGAAUAAUUUUGUUAAAUUUGAA